CUGAUGGAGAUAAUACCUCUUUCCAAAAUUACAACACCCCAAAACCCAACAAAAUUCAGAGAUACAGAUUCUUGAUUCCUUCUUCUUUCCAAACAUACAUUCACUAUCCGAAAAAAUCUGUCAAUAUUUCUUUCAUAAUUUUGUGUACGAUGACUACCACCUCCCUAAGUGCUCCAGUGACUCCGGCAACAAAACGAUGUGCGACGCCUUCAUCAUCAACAUCAAGAAGAAGAGAAAGAGAAAGAGAAAGAGAAAGAGAAAGAAUCGGUAAUAGUUGUUGUAGCAAGGAAGAAAAGAUACUGGUGACCAUUAGGAUCAGACCAUUGACUCCGAGAGAACUUUCUGCUUACGAUCUUAUCGCUUGGGACUGCCCCGACGAAAAUACCAUUGUUUCAAGAAACCUCAAUCGCCAUCACAAUGGAACUUACACUUUUGAUAAAGUGUUUGACCAAUAUUGUCCAAAUACAAAGAUCUACGAACAAGGGGCCAGAGACGUUGCUCUCUCUGCUAUUAACGGAAUCAACGCGACCAUCUUUGCCUACGGUCAGACCAGCAGUGGCAAAACUUACACCAUGAGGGGAAUUGCAGACAAUGUUGUCAAUGACAUUUAUGCCCACAUUCACAAAGCUGAGGAAAGUAAAUAUGUGUUGAAGCUUUCUGCUCUUGAGAUUUAUAAUGAGACUGUAGUAGACCUCUUGAACCGUGAUUCUGGCGCCCUUCGUCUCUUGGAUGAUCCCGAGAAAGGCACGCUUGUGGAGAAGCUGACUGAGGAGGUAGUCAAAGAUGCACAGCAUCUUAGGUGCUUAAUUGCUACUUGUGAAGCUCAGAGGCAAGUGGGCGAAACUUCAUUGAAUGAUCGAAGCUCAAGAUCACAUCAGAUAAUUAAACUGACUAUUGAAAGCAGUCUUCGUGAUGAAUCAGGAUGUGUCAAAUCUCUCUUUGCAAGUUUGAGUCUUGUGGAUCUUGCUGGCAGUGAGCGUGCAGCUCAAACGAAUGCAGAUGGUGCUAGAUUAAAGGAAGGAAGUCAUAUAAAUAGAAGUCUACUCACUUUGACGACUGUGAUUCGGAAGUUAAGUGGUGGGAAGAAGACCAGUCACAUACCUUACAGGGAUUCAAAACUCACAAGAAUAUUGCAGACUUCACUAGGAGGGAAUGCACGGACUGCAAUUAUAUGCACUAUGAGUCCUGCUUUAAGUCAUGUGGACCAAUCACGAAACACCCUGUCUUUUGCGACUAGUGCAAAGGAAGUUAUAAAUAAUGCUGAAGUUAAUAUGGUUGUUGCUGACAAGCAAUUGGUUAAGCAUUUGCAAAAGGAGGUCACAAGACUUAAAGCAGAAUUGCUGAGUCCAGAGCCUUCUUCCUCUAAUUGUUUAAGGUCAUUGCUGCUGGAAAAGGAGCAAAAAAUUCAGCAGAUGGAGAAAGAAAUGAAUGAGCUGAAGCAUGAGAGAGACUAUGCAGUAUCUCAGCUUGAAGUGGCAAGGAAGUUACAGAAAGAAACAAAGGAAUCUACUCAUGGUGGCACCUCUCACCAAGUAGUCAAAUGUCUAUCCUUUAGUAGCAAGGAUGUAUCAGCAUCUGGCAGGCGAAUCUCUGAAUCAUCAGAAAAAAAGAGAGACAGAAGACGGAGAACAUUGAGACAGUCAACUGCUUCUCUUGACCCGUGCAUGCUGGUACAUGAAAUAAGAAAGCUUGAGAUGAGGCAAAGGCAGCUAGGAGAAGAAGCAAAUCGUGCACUAGAAUUACUUCACAAGGAGGUUUCCUCCCACAGAUUAGGGAAUCAGGAUGCUGCUGAAACAAUAGCAAAACUGUUGUGUGAAAUCAAGCAGAGGCAUAACAGUUUCACACUUGAUGAUAUUGAAGUUAAGGAUAAAGCCAGUUUGAAGGAAGAGAUAGGACGGUUGAAAUGUGAAGAAAACACUAUUGCGUCUCUUGAAGAAAAGCUAGAAAACGUACAAAAAUCGUUAGACAAAUUAGUGUUGUACAGUGGUGAGGAUGGUCCAAAUUCAGACUCUAGAACUCCCUUAAAAAAGAAGAAAAUUCUUCCUUUCACAUUGAGAAAUAAUGGGAGUAUGCCAAAUUUUAUACGCUCCCCAUGUUCUCCUUCCACCUUAAAUCUGCAUGGUAAUGAGAAUAGGGAUCCUGAGAGUCAUGAUGUGUUAUUAGCUGCUGGUACACUCCAAAGACAGAAGGCGACUCCUCAAAAGAUUGAUGAUGACAUGUCUUUGAAGAAAAUGACUUCUGCAUCUGCAUCUAAGCAACCAAGCACGGUGAACGUGAAAAAGCUUCAGAUGAUGUUUAAGGUUGCAGCUGAGGAUAACAUCAGAAGUAUAAAAGCUUAUGUUAAUGAACUAAAAGAACGGGUGGCAAAGCUACAAUACCAAAAGCAGCUACUCGUCUGCCAGGUGUUGGAGCUAGAGGAAGUGAAUGAUGGAGAAAGUGAUGAAGCUGAUGCAGGGGAUCAGUCUCCGAUGCCACGUCAUUUGGUGUUUGAAGAACAGAGAAAGCAGAUAAUAAUGUUAUGGCAUUUGUGUCACGUAUCUAUUAUACACAGGACACAAUUCUACAUGCUAUUCAAAGGAGAGCCUGCUGAUGAUAUAUACGUCGAAGUUGAACUUCGAAGACUAACAUGGUUGGAGCAACACCUAUCUGAGCUUGGAAAUGCAAGUCCAGCUCUCCUGGGUGAUGAACCAGCGGGGUCUGUUGCAUCAAGUAUCAAGGCUUUAAAGCAGGAGAGGGAAUACCUGGCAAAAAGAGUGACUACGAAACUUAGUGCGGAAGAGAGGGAAAUGUUGUAUAUAAAAUGGGAGAUCCCGGUUGAAGGAAAGCAAAGGAGGAGGCUUCAACUGGUGAAUCGAUUGUGGACCGACCCACUUAACAUGCCACAUGUUAAAGAGAGCGCUGAAAUAGUCGCAAAACUUGUGGGUUUUUGCGAAUCAGGGGAGCAUGCUUCCAAAGAGAUGUUUGCACUCAAUUUUGUAAAUCCGUCUGACAAGAAAGCUUGGAUGGGUUGGAACUUGAUAUCCAAUCUGUUGCAUUUGUAACGUGCCAGGUUGAGCGUAUCCAUAGCUUGUAAACAACCAUGCUACAAGGGUUGUCAAGACGAAUCUAUCUGAAGCUGUCAAAAAUCAAUAGUUUUUGUACUACUAGAUAUUAUUUUUGAGGUUUUCUAAUGUGUUUUUGAUAAACUUCUACUCUACCCAAUCGCUCAUGUUUCGGGUUUGCAUGACAUCACUACAGAUAUUUUAACUUCACUAGUUUUGUAUAAAUAAAAGAAGAGAAAAUAUCAAAAAUGGUCCCUGUAGUUUGUCAUAUUCGCA